GCGCACCAGCCAGACUCCCACCAUGCUGAGCUCUUAUCUGCUGCACUUUGUCACCAGCUAUUAGUCAUUAAUUUGAAAAAUAUAAAUCCGACCCAACUCCACCAAGCACUGCUCCUGCUUCCAUUCCUCCAGAAAAAAGGAUCUUAUUCUAUUAGGGUUAUCACUGCCGCAGCAAAUUGUUGGACUGCCAAGAAGAACAAUGUUGAGACUCCUCACAGCAGUUGGUGUUCUGCUCGCUCUGCACACUGCGUCAUCCAAUAGGCUGGUGUGCCAUAUGACCAAUUGGGCCCAGUACAGGCCCAGCAUUGCCAAAUUUACUCCAGACAACAUUGACCCCUUCCUGUGCACCCAUGUCAUUUAUACAAUGGCCACCAUCAACAGCUUCAACCAGAUCAGCCCUGUCGAGUGGAAUGAUGAGCAGCAGUACAAUCGACUCAACAGCCUUAAGAAUGUCAAUCCAGCACUGAAAACUCUGCUGUCAGUUGGAGGCACAGUCAAUGGAAUGAGCCCAUUCAUUGCCAUGGUCACCAAGUCUGAAAGUCGUGCAGCCUUUAUCAAAUCUGCCAUCAGCUUCCUGCACACCCAUAACUUUGAUGGGCUAAACCUUGCUUGGGAAUAUCCAGGACACAAUGGCAGCUCAGAGGAAGAUAAGGAGAGGUUCACUCUGCUGGUCAUGGAGCUGUCCAAGGCAUUUGAGGCUGAUGCCAAAGAAAACAGGAAGACAAAGCUGCUGCUGUCAGCCAAUGUUGCUGCAUUACGUCCCACCAUUGACAAAGCCUAUGAAGUCAGCAAGAUUUCUCUGUACUUUGACUUCAUCAAUGUCAUGAGCUAUGAUUACCAUGGAGACUGGGAGGCAGCUACUGGACACAACAGCCCAUUGUACAGGAGCUCUGUGGACUCUGGCUCACACAUUCAUUAUAAUAUUAAUACGUCUGUUUCCCACUGGUUGGCUCAGGGAGCACCAGCUGAGAAGCUUCUGUUGGGCUUCCCCACCUACGGGCGAACUUACCGCCUUAGGAGUAUUGCUUCUGGACUUGGGGCACUAGCAAAUGGCCCUGCAGAUGCUGGGCCCUACACUCGCACUGCUGGCUUCUGGGCCUUCUAUGAGAUCUGUGACUUCAUCUCUAGUGCUACUGUGUCAUGGAUCUCUGAACAAGAGGUUCCAUAUGCCACCUUUGGCAGUUCCUGGGUGGGCUAUGAUGACAAGCAAAGCUAUUCUUCUAAGGUCCAGUGGAUGACUGCUAACAACCUUGGAGGUGCUCAUGUUUGGAGUAUGGACAUGGACGACUUUGAUGGAUCGUUUUGUUCAGCUGGGGCAUAUCCUCUCAUCAACCAUCUCAGAAUGUCAAUGGGCUUUCCCCCAAAACCCACCACCACCCCAUCCCCCACCACUACCAGGGAUGCCGUGGCCGACUUUUGUCGUGGCCGCCCUGAUGGGCUUUAUGAGAACUCUGCUGAUAAGACCACCUACUUCCAGUGCUUCCUGGGAAACACCUACCUGCACCGCUGCCAGCCCGGACUCAUCUACUGGGACUCUUGCAAGUGCUGCAACUGGCCCUGAGCCAAAGAAACGUGAACAGCAAUAUCUAUACUAAGUCCAUGAUUAAGUUAUUUUUCAAUAAAAUUGUUGAAAAAUGGAUUCACCUCAUGGUGCAACAGGAAUAUAAUAUAACCCAUUAAGCAAAGUCCUGUCUCAUUGUAAUAUUUGUCUUUUGGGUUGCCUGACCUAAACAAAAUAAACAGAGCCUUGUGUCAUAACCUA